AUGGCCUCGUCAUCAUCAUCAUCAUCCGCCCCUCGGCCCCCACCAGGCUACUCCUUCAUCCCGGCGACGCCCGCCUCGAUCCUCCUGCCGCUCACUAUCUCCAAUAAGUGCGGGCAGAGCUUCCGGUGGAGGAGCGUGAGGGUGCCGCGAUGGCAGGAGGAGGAGGAGAAACCGGCUCUCGAUGUCGAGGACGACAACAGCAUGGACACGGAAUAUUCCAUCUGCCUCUCAGAUCGAGUCGUCUUCCUCCGUCAAGACGCUUCACGCGGCUACCUGUAUCAUCGGACCCUUGCACCCGACCCGCAAGCCGCCUCGACAUCUUCCAGCCUCGCCACCUCCACUGCAGCCUGGCUCCACUCCUACCUCUCCCUCACCGUCCCCCUCGAGUCCCUCUACAGCGAAUGGUCAGCCCGUGACCCCGUCUUUGCUAAAACGGCGCCUCGAUUCAAGGGGAUCAGGAUGCUACGACAAGACCCUUGGGAGACUCUGUGCGCUUUCAUCUGCUCGAGCAACAACAAUAUUGCGAGGAUAGGAGGGAUGGUGCAGAAUCUUUGCAGUCAUUACUCGCCGAAGCUGUUGAGCCACGAGUAUGAGGGCGUAGGGGAGGAUCCCGAUGUGAGAAUGACGGUGGACUACCAUCCAUUUCCCUCGCCUGCUAGUCUGGCGGGGAAAGGGGUAGAGGCGCAUCUGAGGCAGAUUGGGUUCGGGUAUCGCGCAAGGUAUAUUGCGGAGACGGCUAGGAUGCUUUGUGAUGCUCAUGGGGGCGUGGAGGUCAAUGAUGCGCUCUUCAAUAGUGUCGCAGAAGCCCUCAAGGGAGAGCAAGCUACCGUCAAGGGCGACACACCCUCUCCCUCUUCCACAGUCUACACCCACCUCCUCUCACUCCGUACCCUCUCCUAUACUGCAGCGCGCGAGGCCCUCCUACCCCACCCAGGUAUAGGCCCCAAAGUAGCGGAUUGCAUCCUCCUCAUGUCUCUUGACCAGCCGGCUUCCAUCCCAGUGGACAGGCACGUCUUCCAGUUCGCGGCAAAGCAGUACGGCCUCCGCGGCAAGAAGGCAGCAAAGUACGAGGACCUGGCAGAUUUCUUUAGAGAGCUCUGGGGAGAGUGGGCGGGAUGGGCGCACAGUGUCUUGUUCAUGGCGGAUUUGAGGGCUUUCCAGGAUUACGGAAAUGGGGUGAAGAAGGAGGAGAAGAAAGAGGAGGGGCUGGAAGUCAAGAUAGAUGGAGCGGAGGAGGGACAAGAAGAGGCAAAGGAGCCGGCGCAGUCAGAGGAAAGCGUGAAGAGGGCGGAGAGAGCUGCAAAGAGGGGAGCGAUGGCCUUGACGACGCCAUCUUCUGCGAUGAAGAAGAACAGGAGGGCGAGUGGCAAAGGCGCAGACAAGCGGCUAGACGAGACGUACGAUGGUGUCAAGGUGUCGCCAACGUCGAAUGGCGUCAAGAUCAAGGCGGAGGACAGCAGAGGUAGCAGCGUGGAGAAUCAUCUCAACGCCUCACUCCGAGACGAGUAG